AUGAACCCAAUUACCAGGGAGGAGGCUUUACACUUAGCCAAAGAACUCGAUCUGUCGAGCGGUAUACCUGGCGCUACAAAGCCCUUCGAAGAUGAGAAUUCUAUGGAAGAAAACAAAGAUAUGUAUCCAUAUGGCUCAGAAAUAAUGGAUUAUACGCCAUCUAAGGGGAUUUCCUCAAUGAAUACACGAACACAGCAACCUGUAGGGCUCGAUCACUCUACUCCAGCAGUUGAAUCUAAUAACAGUAACAAUAUUCAAAACAAUAGUGUUAACAUGUCAGAUAUUCAAAUAGAUGCAUUACAAAGAAGAUUGCAGGAACUGGAGCUAGAUAUUUCUGAAAGAGAUAAACACAUUCAAGCCCUAGAAAGGGAUAAGGAGAAACAAAAUUCGGAAAUAAUUGAAUUGCAAAGCAAAUUCAAAGAGGUCAAAGAUGGUUUUGUGUCAAAAGAGCAAUUACACGAAUUGCAGAAUUCCUAUGACAGUGAAAAGGCAUGUAAAAAUACUUUGAAUGAGAGGAUCAUCGUUCUAACUGCUCAACUGGAUAGCUAUAAAGAUGAACUAACAGAUUACAAAACUUCUUACAAUAAUUUAAAAGAACUUAAUGAAAGCACCAAAAAUAAACAUGAAUCAUUUGCGAGUUAUAUCAAAAACCUCACAUUAUUUGGCAUUAACAUAGGACAUGCUAUCACAUUGUCAUACAGGGAUAACAUAAAUGAGUUUACUCUGGAUACCACAUUUAAAAUGAGUAAUCCAAACAUUACAAAGUUUUUCAAGAAAGAUGACGAAAUAAGCUUAAAAAAUUCAGAGAUGCUAAGUUCCAUUAUGUCCCAUGACAGUGAGAUAUUGGACAAGUUAGCCAAGUUGGAAGUUGCCCUUGAUGAGACAAAGGGAGAACAAAAGAAAAUAGACGAAUCUAAGGAUGAAAUAAUAAAGAAAAUUGAAUAUAAUAGUCAGGAAAUUCUACGAAAGUUGGAAAAAUGUGAUCAAACUGAAGACUUUCAACUCAAGUUAGUUGAAAUACAGGAAAAUAUAUCUGCUCUUUUGAAGGGCAAUCAGGACAAGAUUUUGAUAUCGUUAAAGGACAUUCAAAAAGUGAAUGAGUCUUUUGGAUCCCAAAUAUCAGAGUUGAAGAAAGAACUUAAGAAAGAGAAGGACAAGCACACAGAACUAACAGAAAAACUCAACAAGUUGAGGGGGGAUUCUUCGGAAUUACUAACAUUCAAAGAUUUCAAGAAUUCAGAUAUUGAUAAGAGGCUUUAUCAGGCCUUACAGGUUGAUAAAGUGGAACAACUUGAUUUGGUACAACUACAGAACAAAAUGAAAAAAGUUAUAGUUGAUAUGCAAACUCCACUGGAUAAAUUAGACGCAAAAUUACCUCUGGCAAACUUACUGAUCAAAAGCGAACUAGUCAUAACGUUGGAUUUCAUUAACAGGUUAUAUCAAACAAUGUAUAACGAGGGAUUGGACUUCAAUCAUUAUACGGAAGAAGCGUAUUUGCAAUAUAGAAAGAGUAACUACUUAGAUCCAUGGCAACAUCCAAUUAGACCGAUUAUUGAUCACUUGUAUAAUGAUAUUAUUGACAGAUUACAUUGA